AAUUUUACCGACACAGAAAAGACAAUACAGGGACUUCCGCGCGCAGGGUGUUCGCGGCAUUUCGAAGCGUAUGUUCAGAAGGCAUCUUAAUAUCAAAGCAUAAGGAAAUCCGGGGCGGAUGACGGAAGAAAGGUGGUGUUUAGAUCAACUAUAGACAAACGAUGAAUUCAAUUACAGAAUUUUCCUCUUUCCAAGCCGUUUCCAUGCCCUGAGAUCACGCCAAGUAAACGAGCAAGAUCAAAACAAACUUAACAUUAAACUCAACAAUGACACCAACAAAGGAGUAUUCCGACGAAAUCCAAACUGAUGGAGAAAUCUUGUCGGGUGACGCGACAUGGAUUUUGACGAGCGCAUUCAUCAUUUUCACAAUGCAGUCCGGAUUUGGCCUUCUCGAAGCCGGAAUGGUCUCCAGAAAAAAUGAAGCAAACAUCAUGGUCAAGAACGCUGUUGAUGUGGUCUACGGUGGAUUGUCUUAUUGGCUUUUUGGAUUUGCACUCAGUUUCGGGAAAGGCGAGCAAAGAAAUUCUUUCUGCGGCCUUGGAUAUUUUUUGACGGAUGCUGAGGAAAGUGAAAUGGGGCAGGUGUUUUCGAAGUACUUUUUUCAGCUCUCCUUCGCCACGACUGCAACCACCAUUGUUUCUGGCGCGAUGGCGGAAAGAACGAGCUUAAAAGCCUACACACUUUUCUCAUUCUUAAACACCCUGACAUACUGCAUUCCCGCUUUUUGGGUUUGGGAUGACAGUGGCUGGCUUCGGAAAAUGGGCGCCGUUGAUGUUGCCGGAUCCGGCGCUGUGCAUUUAGUUGGCGGAGUGAGCGGCCUGGUGGCGACUUUAAUGUUGAAGCCCCGGAUAGGAAGGUUUGAUGAAAAUUCGCCAUCAAAACAAAUGGCUUCUCCUACAAAUGUAAUGCUGGGAACCUUCAUGUUAUGGUGGGGCUGGCUGGGUUUUAAUUGUGGCAGUACGUUUGGAAUAAGCGGCAAGAAAUGGAUACUUGCCUCCAGGUCAGCGGUCGUAACUAUCAAUGGCUCCAUAGGCGGAGGGAUUCUGGGAAUGUUGUACAGUUACAUUUGCUUCAAAAAGAAGUUAAAUAUUCCAAUCUUUGUAACCGGAAUUCUGAGCGGGCUCGUCGGCAUAACAGCCAUUUGUGCCCUGUCCCGACCUUGGGAAGCCAUUGUCAUCGGUGCAGUAGGUGCCCUCAUAGCCUGCCCUGGAUGUGCUCUUCUCGAGCGGCUCGGAAUUGAUGACCCUGUCGGCUGCGUGCCCACACAUGGCAUGGCAGGAGUCUGGGGUGUACUGGCCGUCGGCCUCUUUGCCGAGAAGGAAGAUACGUUCUCCAGUGAGUUUGGAAUCCUCAAAGGCGGUCCGUGGUGGUUCUUGGGAGUUCAACUGCUCAUGGUUGUCGUUAUGACCGCCUGGGCUGCGUGUACAACAUUUCUGGAGCUGCUAUUGAUCGAUAAGGUUUUUGGACUGCGCAUGAGCGUGGAGGAGGAGCUUCUGGGAGCUGACAAAGUAGAGCACGGAAUUGACGAGUACGUUUGGAACCCAACUCAAGCUACGGACAUUUGCCAAGAAAACGGGCGCGCUAAUGACGGACUGGACCCGACUGAGGACACCCUGAAUGAUUUAGAAAUCACUAGAAAUGAAAACUCACCAGAACUCAUCGAAAUUGAUACAAAGAAACUUUGAAAUCUUAUCGCACUCAGAGUUAUUGCAAAGUAAAGCUGUGAGACCAGCAGCUACCCUGUGACUACCAUUUCACUCUUAAGGAAAGUAUAUACUCCUCUAGGAAUGAGCUCGCCGUAUUUCUUUGAAUUAAUUUUACUCCUACAACAAAUUUCGAGAGCAAAUAGGGACGUAAGAAUGAUUUUUUAUACGUAAAAGAGACAAUUCUUCAUAAUUAACUUAUAUAAUUACCGGGUUUGUUUAAAUUUAAUACUGUUCAGCAUCGUGAGACAAACGAUAAUACAUUUUAUUAUCCCCAGUUUUGGCAUAAAUUACACCAAAAUAAAUGAAAAUGUAGAAAAACAUUUAGAAUGAUUCCGUAUAAAAUUAGUACAAUCGUAAAAUGGUGAGAGCACCAAAUCUGGUAUUUGAUAGAGCAGCCCUCAAAUAUACUACUGGCAAAUUCAACCAGAA